AUGCCCAUCACCAUGUACACCAUGAUCGGUAGUCCACCCUGCGCCUUCGUCCGUUCUCUGGCCAAGAAGAUCGGCGUAGAACUCGAGCUCAAGAACCUUGAUUUCUUCAAGAAGGAGCAUCUCACACCAGAAUACCUUAAGAUAAACCCUUUCCACAAGGUACCGACGCUUGACGAUUCGGCAUUUAUCGUUUACGAGAGCAAAGCUAUAGCUUACUACUUGCUGCGUAAGUACGCUCCCAAGAGUGAACUCUAUCCAGAGUGCGUGAAGCACCGCACUCGCAUCGACCAGGUCCUUACCGCUGUUUGCAGCACAAUCCAACCUCACAAGGUGACCUUUUUCAUGCGUUUCAUCGCCAAGGUCAAGUUUUCGAAUCUGCGCGAUUACUACGAGCGUGUUUUCCCGAAAUCACUGGUUUCGACAAGAUCUACGAGCCAGUCCUCCCCGCCAUACAAGAGCGUUGGCUUGACUUGA